AUUCCACUGUUUCAUUCCAUAAAGGUGGCCAAUGUCUUCUUACCAUCUUGACUCCUGGCUCUUGUGGGAGUCUGGAGAAGUUGGCGGCGGAGCUGGUGGGCCACGCAGCCAUUGAGUUCAUUGCGGGUGCUUUCUCUUCCAGUCUAUCGAGCCUGAAGGCCGCUAGCCAUCGCUUCUCGUUCGUGAAGGCCAUCGCGUGGGACGUCUCAGGAAAAGUGUGGGAAUAAAGUCGCACAUAACACGCAUAUAUCCUAAGCUUUACCUAGUUUCAACGAAUCACCCUCAAACAACCCAAUACGUAGCUUAGGAUAAAUAUUGUAGGAUACACACUUUUGUUACUUCAUAAUCACAGCGUCUUCAUCAUCGUCGCCUUGUCUCGUCAUGGCGCUGGUCUUCAAGUCCCUGCAGGUCGUGCUGCCUGGCGCCUUGGUUCACUACCUCCCCGCUCUACUAUUUGGUCAGCACCUGGAAGAUGCUGUUCUGAGUGGCCUGGUGCCCGUAGUGUCCGCCAUUGUGGGAUUGUUGUUGGUCUUAGACCUAGCGAUCCUCCGCUCUCCAGACCAGUCACUCCCCAAGCAAAUUGCUGAAGGGGUUCUGGGUCUCGUUCUGGGAUCAAUGGUAUUUCAUGUGGCUGUGGUCCUGUUCGGCGCUCCCGUUGUCGAUCUGUGGAUGCAGACGCUGUUGCUGGCUGUAUUGCUCUCGAGUUGUGUGGCAAUGCCCUUGGCGCUACAUUUGGGGUGUGCACCACGCAAGUGGCUUGAUCUGAUACUGGAGCUCAGUGCCAGCAACUCGCAUGAGCUAUACCUCGUGUGCUCGUCCAUUGGUGCCAUGCUCGGUGCCUAUGUUGGUGCUCUUCCCAUUCCUCUGGAUUGGGAUCGACCGUGGCAGCAAUGGCCACUGACUUGUGUGUAUGGCACGCUGAUCGGUCAUGCUGCUGGAAUCGUCUUGAGUAUCGUCAUCAGCACCACGUCAGAGUCUUUCGCUGCCAAGUCGACGAAAAAAGACUAAACAAAAUUCAUGCUAGAAGACUUUACAUUCAUGUUUUGGAUGCUACCAGGAGUGUUGUUCGGAAUGCUGCGCUCUUUAGAUAAACUCCGAGCUUA